GGAAUGGCGGGAAGGUUUUGGAAUUUCUCCGAUCUAAUUCAGCAAGUGUCAGCUGCUUGCAACCUCCGCCCACCCGCCUCCUCCGGCAGGAACAGAAGUUCCGGUGACCUAGCUGAUUAUUGUGGCACGAGAGACCAAGAAGCAUACAAGACUCACGAUGAAGAUGAAGAUGAAGAAGAGGAGGAGGUGAUGGGAAUGGAGUUCGUAGUUAUGACAGAAGUAUUCAACGCCGUUUCAGCCAUGACAAUUGCAUACGUGAGCCUACAAGAAGCCCACAACCCAUGGGACCCGGAGAAGCUGAGGGCGGCUGACGUGGCGGUGGUGGGGGAGCUGAGAAGGCUGGGAGAGUUAAGAGAGAGGUACUUGAGGAGAAGAUGUUACGGUGGAGGUAGUGGUGAUAUGCUGAGGGAGGCGGUAGUGCCGUACGAGGCGGCAAUCGAGGAGCUGAAGAGAGAGGUGAAGGCUAGAGACAUGGAGGUUGACAAUCUCAAAGAGAAGCUCAGGAGCAUUAUUGGAGAGACCACUAGCGGGAAGAAGAGCUGGACGUCUCUGUCUAGGAGAAAGGUCAAUUGCAUUACUCAAGUUCCAGCAGCUCCUGCACCAGAAUUGUUCGAGGGGGCAAUGAGCGGAGUUAGAGAGGCAUUAGACACCUUCACUAUAGUUCUCCUCUCUCUCAUGCGUGCGGCUCACUGGGAUAUCGCUGCGGCCGUACGCUCCAUUGAAGCCGCCACUGCCACAGCUAGGAGGAUCAGCGCUUCCUCUGUAAUCCAAACUCAACGUGCCAACGCCAAGUUCGCUCUUCAGUCCUACAUUUCCCGUAAAGUCUUUCAAGGCUUCGACCACGAGAGCUUCUACAUGGAUAACGGCCUCUCCUCAGUUCUCAGCCCAGACCAGUAUCACCGGGACUGCUUCGCCGAAUAUUGUGACAUGAAAAGCAUGGACUCCGCAGAGCUUCUCAAUAUUCAGCCCUCGUGUAACUUUGGGAAGUUUUGCUCCAACAAGUACUUGGCUAUUGUUCAUCCCAAGAUGGAGGAGUCAUUCUUCGGAGACUUGGAGCAGAGACAACAAGUUGUAGAAGGCAGGCAUCCUAGGAGUCAGUUUUACAGGCAGUUCUUGGAGUUGGCUAAGGCGAUGUGGUUGCUUCACUUGCUGGCGUUCUCGCUUGACCCUGCACCAAGUCAGUUUGAGGCUGGCAGAGGAGCUGAUUUUCAUCCAGACUACAUGGAGAGUGUUCUCAAGUCUCCAGGACAAGUUCCUUCGGGUCAAGUUGUUGGGUUUCCCUUAAUUCCAGGGUUCAAGCUUGGCAAUGGGUCGAUUAUUAAGGCCAGAGUUUACCUUGUAUCCAAGAAUUAGACGUCUUGAUUAGUUAUCAAGAAAAGGUCCUAGUACUCCUAUUGUUACUACUGUU